CCCGGCAAAUCCCCGAUGGAGCUGGCGACGCACGACCUGGCCGCGCUGGGCGCCGGCGACCUCAUCCGGGUCUCCGCCACGAUCCCGCGGGCCGCGCCGCGGACCUUCGCGCUGCUCACGGCCUGCCUCGUCUUCCCGCUCUCCUUCGCCGUGCUCGCCCACUCCCUCUUCACCCACCCCAUCCUGCUCCGCCUCAAGGCCUCCGCCUACGCCGCGGGCGCCGCGCAGUGGGUGACCCUCUUCGCCUACCAGUUCCUCUACCUCAUCUUCCUCUUCACCUUCUCGCUCCUCUCCACCGCCGCCGCCGUCUUCACCGUCGCCUCCCUCUACGCCGCCAAGCCGGCCUCCAUCGCCGCCUCCCUCUCGGCGCUCCCCACCAUCCUCCCGCGCCUCCUCCGGACCUUCCUCUGGGUCUCGCUCCUCAUGCUCGCCUACCACGCCCUCUUCGUCCUCACCCUCCUCCUCCUCCUCACCGCCUACGCGCCCGACCCCGCCCGCUCCACGCUCAUGGCCCUCUCCUUCCUCUUCUUCGCCCUCCUCUUCGUCUUCGGCUUCCUCGCCGUCCACGUCUACAUCUCCGCGCUCUGGCACCUCGCCAGCGUCCUCUCCGUGCUCGAGCCCGUCUGCGGCCUCGCCGCCAUGUCCAAGAGCAGGCAGCUCCUCAAGGGCCGCACCCGCACCGCCGCCGUGCUCGUUGUCUCCUACUUCGCCGCCUGCGGCGUCACAGCCGGCCUCUUCCAUUCCGCCGUCGUCAAGGGGCGGGGCGAGGAGGGCAGCCUCGGCCUCACCUUGCCUGUCAAGAUACUUGUCGGCGCAGUGAUGGUCUCGCUUCUCGUCAUUGUCAAUCUGCUGGGUCUCCUAGUGCAGAGCGUAUUCUACUACGCCUGCAAGGCCUACCACAACCAGGAGAUCGACAGGACCGCGCUCUACGAGCACCUCGGCGGAUACCUUGGCGAGUAUGUGCCGCUCAAGAGCAACGUCCAGAUGGAGAACCUCUGAGAUUGCCGCAUUCAUGGUGGAGAGGGUAAACUCGCUCGCCCCUUACUAGUAGCUGUGUUGUUGUUGGAACUUGCUCUAAAAGAAGAGUAUCUGAGUAUGGAUGGUGCUACUAGGAUUUACCUUUGUCUUCUCCUAGUAUAAUGUACUGCUCUGUUGCAAUCUGUAUCUAAUAAUAAUGCGCGGUAUGAACUGAUCUGUUGUAUGGAAAAUAAAGAGAGUUAUCUUUCUUUUUGCAAAA